CUCGGGUGCAAAGUUUGCUCGCCCGGCGCCUGCGGAGGGAGCGGCGGCAGCGGCGGCGCGGGGGGAGCGGAGCGCAGCGGCCGCCCGAGCGCUCGGGGCUCCGACCGCCCGCCGCGCUCCUCGCGCCCCCGCCAGGGCAGCCGCGAUGUGCGGGGGGAUGGCGGCGCAGGGUCCGGACGGGCCGCGGUGCUGGCAGAACCGGCGGGCGCGGCUGCUGUGCAUGCUGGCGCUCACCUUCCUGUUCUUCGUGGUGGAGGUGGCGGUGAGCCGCAUCACGUCGUCGCUGGCCAUGCUCUCCGACUCCUUCCACAUGCUCUCCGACGUGAUGGCCCUGGUCGUGGCGCUGGUGGCCGUGCGCUUCGCCCAGCGCACCCGCGCCACCAAGAAGAACACGUUCGGGUGGGUGCGGGCCGAGGUGAUGGGCGCCCUCGUCAACGCCGUGUUCCUCACCGCCCUCUGCUUCACCAUCCUGCUGGAGGCCAUCGAGCGCUUCACGGAGCCCCACGAGAUCCAGCAGCCGCUGGUGGUCAUCUCCGUGGGGGUGGCGGGGCUCAUCAUCAACCUGCUGGGGCUCUGCCUCUUCAACCACCACGGCGCCGGGGGCCACGGGCACGCCCACGGGCACUCGCACGGCGGCCGGCAGCAGCACCCCCGCGGCGGCCCCAAGCCCGAGCAGCCGCCCGGGGACGCGGAGGCUGCGCUGCACCGCGAGGAGACCAGCACCUUGGUGGAGAACUGCCGCAGCUCCAACGGAGUCAGCCAGGAGAAGCUGGGUGAUAUGAAAGAUGACAUGGGUGACGUACAAGUGAAUGGGAAUGCUGGCCAUUAUCCUCUGGAUGAAGAGGAAGUUGAAGAAGAUUCUAGUGCACAACUUAACAUGCGUGGAGUUUUUCUACAUGUUUUUGGAGAUGCCUUAGGUUCAGUAAUUGUGGUAGUGAAUGCCUUGCUCUUUUAUGGCUUGUGGAAUCCAUGCCCUGAAGAUGGGCCUUGCUUUAAUCCAUGUAUCCAUGAUCGUUGCACGGAAAAUGCUACUUUAGCCCAAGCACUUGUCAGAGCUAACAAAUCUGAGCAAGAGAGCAUUACGGUGGCUGGUCCUUGCUGGUUGUUAUAUUUAGAUCCUGUCCUCUGUUUGAUUAUGGUCUGUAUACUCCUUUAUACAACUUACCCGUUACUUAGGGAGUCAGCUCUCAUCCUUCUACAGACUGUUCCCAAACAAAUAGACGUCCAUUCUUUGAACUCAAAGUUACGUACCCUCGAAGGAGUCGAAGCAAUCCACGAAUUACACAUUUGGCAGCUAGCAGGCAGUAGGAUCAUUGGCACUGCUCACAUCAAGUGUCCUGACCCUUCCACGUACAUGAUGGUGGCCAAGCGCAUCAAAGAGAUCUUUCACGACGAAGGGAUCCAUGCAACUACCAUUCAGCCUGAGUUUGCCAGCGUUGGCUCCGAGUCAGGGAGAGGGAAAUGCGAGUUGCCUUGUAGGACUCAGUGUGCUUUGAAGCAGUGUUGUGGAGCAGGAGAAGAUAGUACUGCAAAGAAGACAGAAAAAUCUUCGUCACUUAGUAUUUCUUGUUCAGAAGUUGUCAUUGAAUUUCCGAAAACGAGGAGGACUAAGUCGGAGAGCAUCCCUUCAGUGAAGCUGGAGGCCAACAUCGAUCAGAACGAGCAGUUUGAGUCAUCUUUGUAACUCCCUGAAGGGUGCUACCUGAGCUGUGGAGACUUUAUCAACAGCUGUGUUGCAAGAGGAAGAGACAGACGUUUGAGAUGCAAUUUUGCCAAAUAGUGUAAUUGCUGAAGUCCUUGUUCUUGUCAUAUUGCUAAAUAUAGAAUGCUUGUUUUAAAGAAUAUAAUGUCACUGUCUUGAUACAAUGUGUUUGUGUUGACUUUGUUUGACUGAGACAGUGCACCCAUGCUGUAACACUUCAGAAAACCAGUUUCAACAUUUCAGCAGAGACACUUUUUGCUGUGCUUCAAAUUAAGAUACCUUUUUCCAGUGAAAAGGUAUUUGAGGGAUAAGCAUGUAGGAACUCAAUUUGUGUUACAGAUUUCUUGGACCUACUUUUUCAUUUAAUAUUUGAUUUGUAGAUACCUUAAUAUAUUGUUUAUUUAGAAGCCCUAAGAAAACCAAAGUUCAUAGAACAUUUUAAAAAAUAUAUACUAAAAACUGGAAACCACUUUGCAGUUUCACGUAUUUUUCCUAAAGCUAUGUAAUACUAAUAAAAAAUGUGAAGGCUUUUCUAACGACUUAAUUGCACAGCAUAUUUUAAAGACAACAUCAUGUGAUUGUCAGAAAUUGUCCCCUCUUCUUCUGGUAAGGUAGUGAGGUAAUUGAAAACAACAGAUGUGAAAGGGUUUUUUUUCUGUCAGAACGGCAGUUCAAGCUACUGUAUACUGCUCUGUGAUCAAGACAUGAGACUGGUCCAUGAAGUAGCACUUCAUACACAUAAAUGUACAAAGACUUGUACAUUUUAUGGAUUUUCUGGUUUUUUCCCCUUCCAAGUUGGGUCUGGUCAUGAAAGUCUUUGAGGUUUAAAGAACCCUUGACUUAACAGUGCUAUGAAUAAAUAUUUAGCUGAUACUGAGUUUACUAAGGUAAAAUAAUUAGUCCUGUCAAUAAGUGCUCUGUUGGGGAAGAUCUGCCAAGCACCAACUCGUGCUUUCAAGCACAGACAGCAGCUCCCCAACAAGUAAUGUAAGGGUGCAUUUUGCUUCUAGCUGAAUGUGUCUGUAAACACUUGCAGUGACUUCAGUCCUGGUCCCCCACCGUGUCCUCAGGAGCCCUCCACUGACUUUUGAGGAAGUGGUGCAGGGAAUAAGAUUUCAUUCACUGUAUUUCACACUUUGAGAUGUUUAUGUAUCACAUAAUUUCACUUACUCAGUAUCUGAGUCUAUGGUUUAAAAUCUUGACUCAGUUAAUUGACAACUGGCUCUAAAGAAGCUGUUACAGUGUGCUGCCACCUUACACCUUAAACUGCUCUGUGGACUCUGUGAGUUUGGCAGAGACAAGAGGAGAGUUGAAAGAUAAAACAUACAAGAAAUCUAAUCUAAAACCCUGGCCCUUUUGAUCCACUCUCGCGUUAUGUAUGGGAACUAAUGUCUUGUGAUUAACACAUUGCUCCUGUGUGCAAAACUGGAAAACAAGUGAGAUCUUCCGUUCUUUGCUCUAUGACUCUGGAUGUGAUAAACACUUUGCCUCAGUUUCCCUGACUUCAAAUGGGGAUAAUACCUACCUCACAGGGAUGUUGUGAGGCUUAACUAUUGUGUGAAGAGCUCUGAGAUCUGUUACUGGAAGGCACUGGAAAGAGGAUAAGAUACUAGAUUACCUGGCAUUUACUACUUCUACAAAUGUACUGCAAUACGUAGGCACAACCAGAAGGAACUGAGGAUAGUUUUGGCCUUAUGAAAUUCUUUGAUGCUGUGGUUUUCAGGUUUUUAACAGUAUUUAAAUAUAGAUUUUUUUAAAAAGAAUGUUUUGUUAGUGAAGGGAAUGUAGCUUUGCCUCCAGAUACAGAACACCUCCCUCACUUCCCUAGUUUGCAUUUCUAAUUUGUGUCUUGCAUAAUAAUUGCUCCUAAAUAGUACAGAAAAAUAGUCCUGCUGCUUGGAUUGGCCCAAGUCACGUCAGUGGUCUUACCCAAGCUCUCAGCAGAGCAUUGCAGUCAACUCUCGAUUAUCCAUGGGUGGGUUAGCAGUGUUGUGCAUUACCUGUGCAGUCUGCAGAGCCAAGACCAGCCCCCUGUCUCACUCCACGCUCUGGCCAGGCGCUGGGUGCCAAAGCAUGGCAAAGGUGGAGCUGCUGGCUCCACUUCCAGGGAGCCCAUCACAGGCCACAUUGCCAGGGUGCAGCACAGCACUGCUCGAGGGUUUUGCCCCUUGGCUGCUGCAAUGCAUCUGCAGGAAGCUAUGGGCUGUGGAUGGGCAGGCUCUGCUUUGGGCUGGUUUGGGAUGUUGGUGCUUCACAGCCACCAGCAUUGCUCACCUUCUUCUGUGUUUAUGCUUGUUGUAUAGUCUCAUAAACUAACUUAAAUAUGUUAAUAUAGUAUUUAUAUAUGUUUUUGUUUCUUCUGAAUUAUCUGAACUCUUUUUUCUGUUACCUGUAUAUGAUCUAGAGUUGACUGUUAAAUGAGAUCUUGUAUGAGACUACGUUUGCCGAGUAUGCUACCACUGCUACUAUACUACAGAGUAUUAACCAAGUAAAUUUUGAAAUGAACAAAGUGCUUUUUUAAAAAUGUGUAUCCUUGCUUUCUAUGGUAAACUUUCACUAAUUAUUUUAAUCACUAGUUUAAAAUUCGUCUCAGUUAUUAGUAUGAAUUGUUGAGGUUCUGCCAUAUAUUACUAACAUGCCACAGAAAUACUGUUCUUUAGUUUAUUUUUAAAAAUACCAACAAAUCAAACCAUGGUAGCACUGAGAAGUCUGAUUGACUUCUCUCCUGUUCUUCUUAUAAAAAGAGGGCAACUAGUAAGUCAUAACAGUUACCAUCAUUGGUUAAUAGUCUCAGUAAAUGCAUCUGAAUAGAGGGAGUUGUAGUCACUAAUUCCAUUUUAAACUAUUUAAUUUUUUUUUUUGUGCCAGAAGUCAUAUUUUUCUAUUUCUGUGUCCAUUGCAGGCAAUGGCUAACUAAAAAGACAAAAAGCUCUCCCCCUUGUUAUUUUAAGUAUCAGGACAGGAUGCAGAGGUGAUAUGAUGGUGGUGAUGAUGAAGGGGGGAAAUGGGGAAGUUGCAUGGCCUCUCUGUCAUGUGCCCUGUUACACGUGCAGCACCAGCUGGUGUUACCAGGGCCCUCUAGUCUCCUUAGCCCUUGAUGGUAAACUCCCUGAAAGCAUAAAGUGAGGUCAAGGUGGUGGCUGUGCAGCAGCAGGAACACAAUGUCUCCAUUCUGGCUGUAGGAGACCCAACUGUAGCUCACUAGCUUGUGAAAUUUUUUUUAAUGUCAUAGUUUAAGAAUACUGAGAGCAUUCAAAAGCACUGCACAGUCUCUCUUUAUUUUUUUUUUUUUCACAAAGCAUGAAACUAGUGAAUCUCAUGUAAGUGAACACUGCAGUGGUGGGGAGCUAAUUGUAUUGUGUAUCACAUUCCUGAAUUUUUAAAAUAAAAAUGGUUAUGGAACACUGAUUUUAAGGAACAAUUAAGUUUGUACUUCAGUGUUUACAUUGUUUAGGCUUUUGAUUAAAUGUGUCAGAGAUGUAGCAAACAUCACUGGAUGAAACGUUUUACCCUUACUACAUGUCUCAUCCAGGAACAUUCUAUUUUAGAUUCACUCCCUAGAUUAUAUCUGCACCUAAGAUGCAGUGCAGAACUGAUUCAGACACUCAGUGGCCUAGCCACAGUACCAUCAGUCUUCCUUUUUAGCAGAGUAAAUUGUUUCUGUGGAACCCCUAAUAAUUGUAGCUCAAUUGCUUUCAACACCCAGUAUUGAAAAGUAAUAUCUGUAGUUACCACAUCGCAGUGUGUGGUAUGGACAUACACAGACUUAUGUAAAAGAACCAGCCCCAACUUGUGACUCCCCAAAAGUCAUGGCAAGGGCUCAGUCCUGAAAAUUUCUGUAUUCUUAAAUACUUUCAUCGGGCUGACGAGUACUUACUUGCACGCCAGGAAUUACUUGUGGGAGUGAGUCCAAAUCUUCUGCCAGUGUAGCCUGGCUUUUAAAGAAAAAAGUACCUAGAUUUUAUGGAUUAUUAAAAUCAGGACUGCUACGGUAUUUCUAAAUUUGUUGUAGAAAUACUGUCAGUUUGGUAUAAUUCCAGGAUUUAUUCCUUUUCCCCAUUCUCCAAAAAGAGAGGGAAAAAAGCCCACUGAGUGUCCUGAGACUUGUUAACAAGUUUAGCUAAACUGAUGUUGCUGUUGGCUUCUGAAAUCGGGCCAUCUGAAUUUAUUGAACACUGCCUGGUGGAGUUUGGGGAGGAGGGAUAAAGAUUCUUGCCAUUCUCCUUCCCCUGCCCCCUGCUUUGACUGUGCUUUCUAAUCUCUUCAGCUAUGGAGAGACUGGGGGGAUGAAGGGGGUGAAUUUUGUAACUAGAUGUUCCAAGUUCCACGUGGAGGGAAUGGGAAAUACUGCUAACUAUAUUUAAAAGCAUAUAAAUAUGUGCUCUGACUAUUUUAGUUCCAUAGCAUAGCAUAGCAUCAGUUACACCCUUUUUAGGUAUGCAUUUAAGUGGUUCUGAUCCAUAGUAUCUUUGGCUUUUCCUUUCUCUGCUAGACAGAAAGAGGUGGAUGCUCCAUUUGCCUGAGCUAAAGGCAGAGUUGACAAUUUUCCAAAUCAAAUGUAGCUUUGCUGAUAACAGAAGGUCUGAUUAUUCCUCGUGACCUUUGCUUUGUGUGGUUAGCUGCCUGUGAGGUACAGCACCAUGUUUUAGCAGGCUCACAUUUAUAUUUUUUGCACUCACCAUGUUGUUUAAGUAGUUGAAAAGCAAAACCACAAAGCUGAAAAAUAUCUUUCAUCUGUAUGUCUCCAAGAAGCACAUGGGAUUCAUUUGGCUUUUUUUUUUCAUGUCCUGGAUCCUGUUUCUGAACAAUGUUACAAUAUAAUUGGCAUAGCUUGUUAAUUGAUGAUAUUUCUUUUUGCCUUCUUUUAAAAUAAAGAAAUUUUUUUUUGUGUUUUUUUUUUUUU